GCGCAGUUCCAGCGGAAGAACACAGCCACUGACACAGUUAUCAUUGUGCAGGGUUUUUUUCUGAAAAGCUCCAGUGAUUUUAAAGCUUCCAAUAGCACAAAUGGCAAAGAAGGCCACUUCGCUUUUAGUCCGGGCUCUAGAGAUGUCAGAAAGACAGUCGUUCGAUGUCAUGAGGAGAAACUCCAACUGCACCAUCAGACAUUUGAGCUCAUGUGGUAUCUUAGCUUUAAGGCGAGUAAGCUUAGGCCUACCUCCUCCUCCAGCAUCUUGUCAGAUGGUGCCCAUCCGGAGCUUCAUGAACUUGUCAGCCCCUCUCAUAGCACGGAGAAUGGAGUACUUAGAGAGCCGAAGCAUUGGUUACUCACCCGAGCAGAUGUACAACAUUGUUGCCGGUGUGGACCAGUACCAGAAAUUUGUUCCUUGGUGUAAGAAGUCAAAGGUAACGAAGGGGCAGAAUGGGGACAUGAGAGCUCAGCUUGAAAUCGGGUUCCCCCCGAUCAUCGAACGCUACACCUCUGAGGUCACAGUCAUCCCGAACCACCAAGUCCGAGCGGUGUGUACAGACGGGAUGCUCUUCAAUCACCUUGAGACAUUGUGGCGAUUUACUCCUGGAGAUGCAGACCAGGCCGAAUCCUGCAAUCUAAAGUUCUUUGUGUCAUUUGAGUUCAAAUCUUUGCUCCACUCACAAUUAGCGACAGUAUUUUUUGAUGAGGUGGUCAAACAGAUGGUCAACGCUUUCGAGAAGCAAGCAACCAAACUUUAUGGCACCGGUGUUGAUCAACAGAAGUCUUCACUCAGAAGAGCAACUUAAGAGCAAUGUUAAAAUGGACACAAGGACUUACUGAACCACAAACACUGUUAAAAUGUUCUGGAGAAGAACAGCUCUUUUUUAAUCCAGUUUGUUGGAUUUUGGACUUUUAAUGCCAGCAGAAAGUUUAGCUGGAAACAAAUUGAGAAGCCUAUUUAUUUAAACCAAAACAGAUAUAAUUUAUUGUGAUGAGUGUAUAUGUGUAUAAUUUAUAUAUCAUCUUUGGAGUGAACGAGGAAGAUGACUGCACUAAAAUGUGUUGAGGAUGGAUGCUUUUUCAUAUUUAUGAUGAU